AUGGCACCUGCGAGUUUAUACGACCUUGUUGUGACUGGCCGUGAGCUGCAGUAUGUUGCGAAAGCAGCCAACGGUAAGCUCAAACUUACGUCGACAUCUACCGGACCAACUGCUCACAACGUCAACGGACGGGAACUGGUAACGACGAUCUUUACAGUCGACUGCCAUGGACAAAUUGGCAUAGUGAAUGAAGGUAUUCUCUAUAGUCUGAAAAUCGAUUUGGAGACUGCAGCUCUAAGUUUCUCUCCCGGGCUCACUCCUCAAACAGCAGUGUCAUCGCACUGGACCUCGACAACCUAA